GCAAAACGGAUCAUAUGUUUGUUCGAUUUAUUUAGAAGUAUUUUUUAGACCGAAGAAUUACUUCUGUACAGUUAACUUACAUUGCUAACGCGAAUAUCGAUCUGUUAAGACAUUAUUUGUUCGCGAUGAACGUUACGCCAGUGAAUUUAGACAGAGCUUACAGAGAAAUUUACAGGGCUGAGGAGAGGACCGCUUGUCGGUGGCGCCACAACUGGAGUUGGAUCAUUGACGAGUACAGGACAAUUUACAACGAACUGAAGGCACUGAAAAAAGAUAAAAUAGACGGGUAUCAAAGUGAUGAAGAAGAAGAAGACGAUAGAACCAUAAAACCUCUUCCUGAAACGUCUGGACAUGAGUAUGGUCAUAUAGCUACCAAACCAGAGUUCGCCCUGGAGAAGUUCAGUUCACAAGGACUGACCACUAUACCGAAGUCGCUCUCGCAAGGCGAACUGUACAAAGCACUGGACAAAAAGUUCACUAUAAGAUUUGGCAGUACACAAGGCCAUGGCUUUUUAAACUAUUACAGGAAAACAAUUUCGAAACCUCAAGAUAGAUUCAAUCAUUUUGGGCUGACUUUGUUGUGAAUAAGAUUCUUGCUCAGUGGACCGAAAUGUAUAUAUAGACGCCAGACCAACCAGUAGCGAAAUGAACAUAACCUUCCCAGAAAUACUUGAGGAAUUCAAAAAAAUCAAGCAAGCAGAUGUGCGACGAAUAAUUUGAUAGAUUGAUUUAGAUGAAUCUUAAUUAGAGCUAAGCGGUCUCUGAAACAGAAGGCUCCGAACUGAUAAUAAUACUUCUAAUACUGUUUUAAUAAAUAUGUUAUUUGUAGAUUUUUUUUAAAA